CUCUACUCUCGGAGACUAGAUAUUUAAUAAUAAAAAAAUAUGCAACUAUGCAUAGUAUGUUUUCUGAUUUAUCUCUUAUUAUAUAUAUUAGAUUUGCUAGUAAACCUGCUAGUCUCUGGAUUACACUUUAUAUUUUAUUUUAUAUAUUGGUUGUAUUUAUAAAUUCUCCCUUAAUGGAGGGAUUUAUAGUUAACUUUCCUAUUGUUAGUUCAAAUAUUUGAGGGGAGGAUGGUUUAGAUCCAUCUUUUUUAAAUAUGAAUUCUGGGAAUAGUUCAGGGAGCAAUCCUGGAGGCUAUCCAAACACAGGAGGUGGCAAUUAUCCUGGGGGCCCGGGGGGAAACCCGGGUGGAGGUCAUCAUGUUCUUGCUGCAGGAAGUCAAAAUAAUCAUCAUAAUAGAGAUUAUUUUAACACUAUACUAAGUGAUAAUCCCUCUAGUUCCAAUUCUGGACCUCCUUUAGGAGAUAAUAACCAAGGAGUUGGACAAACCCACCCCACCGCAGCGGGGGACGGUGUUGUUCAAUCAUCUCCUCUUAAUUACCCUACAGAGGGAAAUGUUGCCGAAACGGGUAGAUGGUUAGAGAAAUACAAGUCUGAAUGUGUGCCGGCAAAUCGUGACCGAGUAAGAUGGAGUGAGCUCUUUAAACAUUGUAAGACUAUAGACCCUAAUGGUAGUACACCUCUUAAUCAAAUUAUGCUUACUAUAGAACAUCAUAUCAUUUCUAAACACGUGCCUGUUCCGCUAUUUAGAGAUUUUGUCAGAGCUAAUACUUUUAUAACUGAUGAAUUAAUUGAAUCUAUGAAAAAGAGCUCUAAUUAACAUAUUGUUUUUAAAAGUUUAUUCUAAUACUACUUACAGUAUAAGUUCACU